UAGGUGCACCCUACAUCUGGGUCCACCUUUUCAAUGUUGUUUUGAUAACGUUAAUCAGAUGGUGAUCAUGAAAAUCAACGAAACCAACCACAUGUCUAACAUGGAACAACAGUAACAGUUGGUGUUUUUAGCAAUGACUAAGUAAAAGUCUAUAGCCCAUAUGAGAAGGCCGAAGCUCAAGUUAGUAGACUAAGGCCAAUUCUGAAUUAGCCGUAACGUGCAUGCUACGUAGGUUCUGGUUGUAUCCCAUUUCCAUCUGAUGUAGCCGCUUUCUCUAGCCAAGGAAGCAGAAUAUAGAGUCAUUCAUGUCUCUUUCAACCUCAGCCAGUCAGCCUCGAUUCUCGAGGACAUAUAUGGCCACCUCUCUUCUGUCAAUCCAUUGCUCAGUCUUGCUUCUCCCACUGAGAUGAUAGUUAUAUUAAGCUUAUUUUUUAUAUUUUAGAAGAUAAUGACAUGAUGGGUUGUUUCCAGCUUAUUUUUGUAUUGUCACUUUCUUUCAGUUUGUGCCUCUUCUCUAGUACUGUAUCAGCUCAGCUCAGACAAAACUAUUAUGCCAAAGUUUGCCCAGAUGUGGAAUCCAUUGUCAGAAAUGCAGUUCAAAAAAAAUUUAAAGAGACUUUUGUCACUGCUCCUGCUACCAUCCGUCUCUUCUUCCAUGAUUGCUUUGUGCAGGGAUGUGACGCUUCAGUUAUAGUUCAAUCCACUCCAACCAACAAAGCAGAGAAGGAUUACCCUGAUAAUCUAUCGUUGGCCGGAGAUGGAUUUGACACCGUGAUCAAGGCCAAAGAAGCGGUGGAUGCCGUCCCCAGCUGCAGAAACAAGGUUUCAUGUGCGGAUAUUCUUGCCAUGGCAACAAGAGAUGUUAUUGCUCUGUCUGGUGGACCUUCAUAUGGUGUUGAAUUGGGAAGACUGGAUGGCCUCAGCUCAACUGCUGCUAGUGUUCAUGGGAAGCUGCCUCAUGAAACUUUCAAUCUCAAUCAGCUCAUUUCUCUUUUUGCUGCUAACGGCCUCUCCCAAACUGACAUGAUUGCUCUAUCAGCGGCACACACAGUUGGAUUCUCCCACUGCAGCAAGUUCAGCAACAGACUAUACAAUUUCAGUCGUCAAAAUCCAGUGGAUCCUACACUCAACAAGGCCUAUGCAACUCAGCUACGGCAGAUGUGCCCCAGAAAGGUUGAUCCCAGGAUAGCCAUCAACAUCGACCCGACCACACCCAACACCUUUGACAACGUGUACUUUCAGAACCUCCAGAGAGGACAUGGCCUCUUCACCUCCGACCAAGUCCUCUUUACAGACCCAAGAUCCAGACCCACUGUUAAUGCAUGGGCCUCCAACUCCAUGGCCUUUCAGAAAGCCUUUGUCGCUGCAAUCACGAGGUUGGGCCGGGUCAGAGUCAAGACCGGUAGAAACGGUAAUAUUCGUCGAGAUUGUGCCAUUUUAAAUUAAAAAUGAAAUUCAUAAACAUAGCAAUUUAGUAAAUUAUAUGAAAGCAGGGGACCUUUACAG